AUGUUGCCAUCAGAUGCGGUCGCCGGAUUGUCAUUGCUGCUGUUUGGCAUUGUUGGAAUAUGCCUUUUUGGACUCGUCACCUACAGUAUGUUGCAAAUGAUUGGUGAAAUUGUUGGUUUUCGGUUUUUGAUCAGCCAAGCAGUCACGGACAUCUUGCUGUUGAUACAGACAAGUUUGGUACCAAUUCAUCGAUUUCGGAGGGAUGAAAAGCAUGGUUCGCACUGGGGUGGCUUCGAGCCGUCGACUGAUCGUGCGGGACAUUUUACCGAUUGCGCUACACCCGCUCGAGUCUUCAGUUAA